ACUUUACAACCUAAUCUUGUUGGAGGAAGAAUUGGCAAAACUAUUAUUUAUAGCUCACAAGUCUUAGAUCCAAUAAAAAAGGAAAGGAUAAAAAUAUUCACAGGUAAAAUCAUCAUAAAUGGUCAACGUUCUCUACAUCUGGUGUACCGUUACAUUAAGUGACCAUCAGGUGCUGAUCGCCUUAUCGUACCCCAAGUCCAUGAGUCAUACAGGACGUAAACCAGGCGCUCAAUUUAGUGAGUGCUGUUCGGGUAUGUUGAAGGAGGCGGUGUUGCGGCUCCAGGACAGACGCUGAGCCCCGCGUCAUGGAGCACAUGUCCUCUCCCGUGAGGUUUCGCAGCGACAUCAGAGGUACGUCUACGACAUGAUCAUCACACAUCAGAGACCCCGUUAUUCUCAUGUUGGUCUAUAGCUUCACGCCUAAAGACUUAUACUACGUUAAUUUGUUGAAAAUUUCCUUGCGUUUCAAAUGCAUGUUUUUGUUUACAACUUAAGCCGCGUUUAAACUGCCCGCAUUACUCCAAUCCCAUGCUGUCAUUCGGUCCUCUGCUCCCCCUCCUACCUGCAGCGAGACUGGAGCGUUCCAGUCUGUCCAUUGAGGACGAGGAAGACCUGGCCCGCCCCCGCGCCACAAAGGACCUCCUCCCCACCAUGAGGGACCUCCCCCCCGCCACCAGGGACCUCCCCCAUCUCCCCCACUCCACCAGGGACCUCCCCCAACUCCUCCCUGCCACCAGGGCCCUCCCGCCGCCCCCCCGUCCCGAGGGGCCCCUCCCCGUCGGGAGCAAAGAAGGUGAACCGGAGCCGGAGCCGACAGAGGCCCCACACGCCACAGGGGCCCUGCGUCCGCCUGCGGCCUGCAGCCCUGCAGGCUCUGCCGUCCAAGAGACCCCUCCUCCACCCCUGAAGGCCCGCUGCUCCGCCCCAGAGACCCCUCCUCCACCCUUGACCCCCCGCCGCUCCACCCCGGAGACCCCUCCUCCACCCUUGAUCCCCCGCCGCUCCACCCCGGAGACCCCUCCUCCACCCCUGAAGGCCCGCCCCUCCGCCCCGGAGACCCCUCCUCCACCCCUGAAGGCCCGCCCCUCCGCCCCGGAGACCCCUCCUCCACCCCUGAAGCCCUGGCGCUCCACCCGGGCGGACAGCGACCUCCAGCCGCUGCAGCUGCGGUCCCAGAUGGCGAGGCAGGGCUCGCUGGACUCCCCGCUCAGCCCCGCCUCGCGGCCACGCAGCCCCUGGGCCCGCCUGGACCCCUACGACUCCCCAGAGGACCAGGACAAGGAGUAUGUCGGCUUUGCCACGCUGCCCAGCCAGGUGAACCGCAAGACGGUGAAGAAGGGCUUCACCUUCACCCUCAUGGUCACAGGGGAAUCUGGUUUGGGUAAAUCCACCCUGAUCAACAGUCUGUUCCUCACCGAUCUCUACAAAGACCGGAAGGUUCCCAACGCUGAAGAACGGAUCCUCCAGACGGUUGGCAUCGUCAAACACACCGUGGGCAUCGAGGAGAAAGGGGUCCGACUCCGACUGAACAUCAUCGACACGCCGGGCUUUGGAGACGCUGUCAACAACACAAAGAGCUGGAAGGAGGUGGAGGACUAUGUGGACCAGCAGUUUGAGCAGUACUUCAGGGAGGAGAGCGGGCUGAACAGGAAGAACAUCCAGGACCACCGAGUGCACUGCUGCCUCUACUUCAUCUCCCCCUCCGGCCACGGUCUCCGUCCCCUGGAUGUGGAGUGCAUGAGGGCCUUGCAUCAGAAGGUCAACAUAGUUCCUGUCCUGGCCAAGGCUGACAGUCUCACCCCCGCUGAGGUCCGCACCAAGAAGCUGAAGAUCAGGCAGGAGAUUGAACAGUUUGGGAUCAACAUCUACCAGUUUCCCGAGUGUGACUCAGAUGAAGACGAUGAGUUCCAACUACAGGAUCAAAUCCUCAAGAACAGUGUCCCCUUCGCAGUCAUUGGCAGCAACCUUCAGGUUGAGAGUGAAGGCCGAAGGUUCAGAGGUCGAAUCUAUCCGUGGGGGCUUGUAGAAGUGGAGAACCCCGAGCACUCCGACUUCCUGCUGCUGAGGAACAUGCUGGUCCGGACCCACAUGCAGGACCUGAAGGACGUGACCCGGGAGAACCACUACGAGAACUACCGGGCCCAGUGCAUCCAGAGCAUGACCCGCAUGGUGGUGCAGGAGAGGAGGCGCAGUCUGUGUGACCAGAUCCAACAUGAGAACAGCGCAGACGUUCCCCUUCCUCUGGCGGUCAUCGCCAGCGAGAAGGAGAGGCUGAUCUUGGAGAAAGAUCGGGAAUUGAGGAGGAUGCAGGAGGUACUGGAGAGGAUUCAAGAGCAGAUGCUGCAAAACCACAGAGACGGCUUCUAAAUAGAAACCGAGGGAAAGAUGAGGACCAGCCGAGAGCACGUUGAAGACCAGCUCGGAAACGGCUUCUUGGACAGCACCAAAUACCGGAGGAAGGGGGCAGUGGCUGUUGAAUCAUAGGCAUAGAAAAGACUGAGACUGUGUGGACAGGGCCUCAAUACUACCCUGGAAACCAAAAUCUAAGCUACUUCCAGGAGUCCUGUCCUUGGGGUCUGAGUUAACAGCUCCACUAGUCUUGAAUUGGGGUCUUAGUCAACAGCUCCAUUAGUCCUGCGUUGGGAUCUUAGUUAACGGCUCCACUAGUCUUGUGUUGGGGUCCUAGUUAACGGCUCAACUAGUCAUGUGUUGGGGUCCUAGUUAACGGCUCGUUGGGCGAUAUAGGACGUCCAUAGGAACAAUUUUUCUUACUGAUUUUUGUAUUUCUUUUUCCAUUUAAUAUAAAUUUAACCUUUUUAUUUGCAAUUUGAGACCAAAUAAUAAAUUAUUUCAAACUUUA